CAAUUUUUUUUUUGUUUAUUGGAUGCUUGUUUCUCUGUGAAUUAAGGAUAUGGAGAUCAGCGCCUCUUCUUCAAAAACUCUAAGAAAAGACAGAAAGCUCAUAGAGAAGAAUAGAAGGAAUCAAAUGAAGAGUCUCUACUCCGAGCUCUACUCCCUCCUCCCAAAUCAUACCUCCAAGGAGGCACCAGCACUGCCUGAUCAGAUAGAUGAAGCCGUAAAAUACAUAAAAAUGUUGCAACAGAAGUUGGAGAAGAGCAAGAACAUGAAGGAGAACUCGUUGGGCAGCAAAAGAUCGUAUACAUGCACUACAAAUGAAAUGAAUGCCUAUAACACGAGUUUAAAAUCACCUUUAAUUGAGAUUCACCAAAUGGGUCCUGCUCUACAUGUGGUUUUGAUAAGUGGUCUAUCUAAUCAGUUCAUAUUCUAUGAGGUUAUUCGCAUGGUUCAUGAAGAAGGUGCUGAGGUUGUGAAUGCCAGUUUUUCUAUGGUGGGAAAUUCCAUUCUCUAUGUAGAAUAUCCAAAGAUUGGAGAAUCUACGUUCAAUUUUGGAGCUGCAACGAUAUUCGAGAAGCUAAAAGUGUUUGUUCAUGAAUCCACUAGCAAGGUAGAAGAAUUAUGGGAUUUUGAAAUCCAACCAGAAAUUUGGGAGUUCGAAAUUCCACAAAUAAAGCAUAUGGGAAUUUAGAUUUUAACCGAUUACUCUAAAUUCUGUUUCUCCCUCCCCAAGUUGUCAAUCAAAGAUUCGGCUCAUAGAUAAUUUGAUGUAAAAUGCAAUGCUUUUUCCUUUGACUUUUGAACCAAGAACAUACAAAUUAAGCUUGGCAUUUUAAGCAUUUCACUAAGGGCAUCACUUCCCAAAAAUAUGGCUAAAGAGUGGAAGUCAUUUAAGGAAAAAAUAAUAAUAAUAAAUAAAUAAAUAUACCUAAAAUUGAUCUCCCGCAUCAAUUGUAAUAAUAAAUCCCAUUUUCCUCCAUUAUCCUAAAUUAGAUGGUGAAGUUUACCUUCUCAACAAAAUUAUCAUCCCAACAUCCCAUCCAAACAAGCCC